UUACAGACCUCUGCUGCAGCUUUAAAUGUUGUUUGUCUGUUUUCAGACUCCUCCUCCUCUUGUGAAUGUGAAACUAUUAAAUCAGCAGCCAUUUUAUGACACGAGCAGGAAAUUACACGACGAGAGAAAAAUAGAAAGAGUUCGACAGUUUGUGCUCCACUGAAUUGUCUGAAACAAUAAAUCAAUUGAUGAAGUAUUUUGUAGGUGAUAUUCUAGUCAGUAAACAGGAAGUGAACAUCAACAGCUCUUGACAGCUUUCAACUUCACUUACAAGAUUUCUCUUGAAAAAGGUGUCAAUCUUCUCCUGCCUCUUACUUUUCUGCAUCUUACUGACAAAAAGACUGGUGUUCAGUGGACUGUUCAGAUGAUGUCAUGGACUCCACAAAGGAUCUCAGUGGACAGACAGACACAAGGAAGGUCAAGAGUGUCAUUCAUGGAGAAUCUCCUGAAUCCAGCUGUGUGUCCAUGAAGAGUGACCGGUCAAUGGGUAAUCCACUUAACUUCAGUUCAGGAGCUCCUUGUGCUGAUGUGAGAGAUGAUGUGACUGGAGACCUGCAGCAGGAUUCUCAUCCACCAGUAGAUGAUGUUCUUCAGACAGUCAAACACAAACACAAAACCAGCAUGAAGAACAAGUAUGAGAGCUUAUUUGAGGGAAUCAAACUACAGGAGAAUCAAACGCUCCUGAACAGGAUUUACACACAGCUCUACAUCAUAGAGGGAGAGAGUGAAGGGGUGAAUGAAGAACAUGAGGUUUUACACAUGGAGAAAACACCCAGAACUCAACACCAUCAAGACACUCCAAUCUCCUGCAAUGACAUCUUUGAAUCCUUCCCUGAACCAGGAAAUAAGCAGGUGAAAAGGAGGAAAGAAGAAAUAAAGACUGUUCUUACUAAAGGCAUCGCUGGAAUUGGAAAAACAGUCUCUGUGCAGAAGUUCAUUGUGGACUGGGCCGAGGGAAAGGCCAAUCAGGAUGUAGAUUUCAUGUUUGUGCUUCCAUUUCGAGAGCUGAACUUGAUUAAAGAUGAGCAGUACAGUCUUCACAAACUUCUGCUGGACUUUCAUCCUGAACUUCACGAUCUGGACUCAAAGAUUUAUGAUGAGUGUAAACUUGUGUUCAUCUUUGACGGUCUGGAUGAAAGCAGAAUUAAACUGGAGUUUUCAGACAAUGAGAAAGAUCCUGAUGUGAAUGAGACUUCAUCAGUGGGUGUGUUGAUGUCAGACCUCAUCAAAGGAGAUCUGCUUCCCUCUGCUCUCAUCUGGAUCACCUCCAGACCAGCAGCAGCCAAUCAGAUCCCCUCCAAAUACAUCAAGCGUGUGACAGAGAUUCAGGGAUUCAAUGACCCUCAGAAGGAGGAAUAUUUCAGGAAGAGAAUCAGUGAUGAGCAUCAAGCCAGCAGAAUCAUCUCCCACAUUAGAAGAGCAAGAAGCCUCCACAUCAUGUGUCACAUACCAGUCUUCUGCUGGAUCUCAUCCACUGUGCUUCAAAACAUCCUGAAACAAGACAACAGUGCAGAAAUCCCUCAAACUCUGACUGAAAUGUACAUCCACUUCCUGCUCAUGCAGAUCAAUGUGAGGAAUCAGAAGUAUGAAGAGAAACUCCUGCAGUCCAACAAAGUGAUUGUGAAACUUGCUGAACUGGCUUUCAAACAGCUGAUGAAGGGCAAUGUCAUGUUCUAUGAGGAGGACCUGAAAGAGAGCGGCAUAGACGUCACUGACGCCUCAGUGUAUUCUGGGAUCUGCACUGAGAUCUUUAAGGAGGAAUCUGUGAUUCAUCAGAGGAAAGUCUACAGCUUCAUUCAUCUGAGCUUUCAGGAGUUUCUGGCUGCUUUCUUUGUGUUUUACUCACAUUUACAGAAGAAGAACAGUGAAUCACUGCAGAUGUUUCUGGAUUAUGGAUAUGAAUCAAACAUUAGAGGAAACUCUCUGUAUGAUCUACUAACAGCAGCAGUUAAUAAAGCCCUUCAGAGUGCAAAUGGACAGCUGGAUCUUUUCCUGCGAUUCCUGCUGGGCAUCUCACUGGAGUCCAAUCAGAGACUCUUACAGGAUCUACUGACACACACAGAGAACAGUUCAGAGAGCAUCAGAGAAAUCACACAGUACAUUAAACACAAAAUCAAGCGUGAUGAAUGUCUCUCAGCUGACAGAUCCAUCAAUCUGUUCAGUGAUGAUGAUGAUGAUGAUGAUUGUGAACCUCUCUCAGCUGACAGAUCCAUCAAUCUGUUCCUGUGUCUGCUGGAGAUGAACGAUCAGACUCUGUCCAGAGAGAUUCAGGAGUUUGUGAAAUCAGACAAACACUCAAAGGAGAAACUCUCUUCUGCUCAAUGUUCAGCGAUCGCCUACAUGGUUCAGAUGUCAGAGGAGGUGAUGGAUGAGUUUGAUCUGAAGAAAUACAACACAUCAGAUGAGGGCAUAAGAUGAUUGAUACCAGCUGUGAUGUAGAGCCCUGCAUUUCAGCCCGAGCCCGACGGGCCCCGAUUUAUUUAGGCCCAUAGGGCCGGGCUUCGGGCCAAUUUUCACAUCAUAGUUCACACGCGGGCCGGGCAUCGGGCCUGUUUUAUGAUCCUCAAUUUAUUAAAUGAAACUGAGAAGUUCAUGGUAAAACAAACAUGGAAAGACAUUUUAUAACCUGUCACACUGACACAGUCUGCUCACGCACACACAUAUUCACACAGGUUUCCCACAGACCCACGAUUCACCUCACGUGCAAUGGAGAACAUAAAGCGAAAAAUCGCCAAUGGCGAACUUAAAACUGCUCUGCCUGCACCUGUUGCUGCGGGCCAUGCAGCAAAGAAGAGAGCGCUGGCCGAAUUCGAGGAAGAGUGGGAAAACUAUGAAGUACAACAUUACCUGCGCCUCAAUCCCAACAUGGAAGGUGAUGGAAGAGAUGUGCUGCGCUGGUGGAAACAACACGAGACCAUGCUACCGUGACUGUCAAGACUGGCUCGCACUGUGUUUAGUGUCCCCGCCAGCAGCAGUAGCAGCGAGCGUGCCUUCAGCUCCGCUGGAAUAGUUGUAGAAGAAAGGAGGACUGGAUAGAAAUCUCCCACUGUGGAUGCUGUGCUUUUUCUCCAAGAUGCUCCGUAAGAGAAUGUUCUUCUGUCUGUAGCCAUGUUAAGCAAGCCCGUAGGCAGGGGGGGUUUGGGUGGUUCGAACGAACCCCCCCCCCUCACUGCCAAAGGUCCAGAAUUUAAGUCGUUUUUUUUUUUUCAUGUGAUUAUUGUCAUCAUUGUUUUAAUCAAUGCUUGUGACAAAUAUUCUGGAUUGCUGUUUCAAAUUAAUAUAAUUUAAUAUUGUAGCUGGACAUGUGUGUGUGUGCCACGCGUGCAGUUCAGAACUGCAAGCCAGCCGCCACUUCGAAAUGAGCGGUCAAACUAGCCGCACCUAUAUUUCGUGGUGCGCAUAUACACUGGUUAUUGCGGUAUGACCGUCAGUACUAAAACAGGUUAAAUUCCCGCGAAGGCAAUUUCACAUGCAUUCAUUUAUUCUGUCUGUCUGUCAGAAAGAAAGAAAGAAAGAAAGAUUUUAGCACACCUCACAACCUGUCACUGCAUGAUAUAUUGAAUUCCAAAAUAAGAGCCCCCCCCAAAACUCAUAUAUUACCUUUUUGUCCAUACAUUCAGAAAAUCAUAAAAAUAAAAGUCCUAGCUUCCACAGACCAAUUUCACCUCAGGUGGAGAGGACACCUUCUCAAGGUGUGAACUACAAUGUUUCAGGACAUUCUGAUGUUGAAAAAAAAACAUCAGAAUGGAGAGGACACACAUAUACAUAUAUAUAUAUAUAUAUAUUAGAUAUAGAUUUUUUUUUUUUAAUUAAAAGGUUUUCUAUAUUUUAUACACUCAAUAGUCUACAAUAUAAUAGCCAUAUAAACGUAGCGUAAUUAGCUCAAAAUAGCUUGUACUCUGCCAGUCACCUCAUGUGAAUGUGAACGGUCGGCCAGCACUCACCGGAGACUGAACACAUUCAUGCGUAGCAGCAUGGGAGAGGACCGCUUGUUAUCCCUGGCCCUCAUCCAUACACACUGACUAUGACAUGGCAGUCAACCUGGAUGAAGCUGUGAACAUAUUCUCCAAAUUGCACCCAAGAAGAUUGGAACUGACCAGUUGUACUAAAUCCAUAAGUGUCAAGACAAAUACAGCAACAAGCAAAGAGGCAUUGACAGAGAGUCAAGAAAUGAUGAUGAGAAGAAUUAUUAAUAUUUCAGUAAAGUUCAUUAAAUCUAUUCUGUUGUUAGUGUGGUCUUUAAACUUAUGAACUGUGUAUGGACUGACAAAGGUGUUACAUGAGGAAGCAUUUGACAACAAUGCAGUAAAUAUUUUAGGUGCAUCAAAAAGCGUGCUCGUUAACCAGCAGGCAAGAUAAUCCAGCACAAAUUAGUGCAUAAAAGGUCACCAAAAUGAAGUAUUUGAACCUCAUAAUUAAAUACAAAAGGAGGAGAAAAACUGCAAAAAGGUCCACUUUUUGAAAAAAAAGAACCCCCCCUUUCAAUAGGCUGGCUACGGACCUGUUAAGUCUUGUUUUUCGUUUGAUUGGACUUCAUUUUCAUUAGUCUAACUAUUGGAAAUAAGAAUGACCAUGUUCUGUGGUGAAGCCUUGAUUUUUUUUUUUUUUUUUUAUGUAAGAUAACCUGCAUAUUUAUUUUAUUUGUUUAUAUUGUAUAACCCAUUCUUUCGUUUUUCCACACACCGUUGCGAGCAGCAGAGCAGCCUGCCUCAGCUUGUCAAAAUGCCUUUUAACAGUGGUGGUGAUAAUAAACAUUUA